AAGACACACAGAGAGGGAGAGGGAGAGAUAGAGAGAGAGAGACAGAAUUGUGCGCUUGAGCUGGAGCUGUGUGGAAAAACUGCACAAGGACACAGAGCUAACCUGCCUGAGACCUGCUCACCCCUCAGGGACCUGUGGAUGUCCAGCGCAUUUUGUGUGCGCAGUUAGCCCAAACUUUUUAUAUGUGGAAACCUGAAAGAAGACUUCAUUAAAGCUAGAGUACAACGUGAAGAAAGGUGAACUGAAAGUGGUCUGUUCAGCAUGGAAUUACCGGUUCUGGUUUUGGUGGCGUUGGUUCUGUCGUUAAGCUCCAGUAAAGUCAACGUGCCGCGUCUUCGCCUGACACACGAAGAUCUUCUGGCCACAAAUCGUACCUCAGUUUUCAACGGGUUACAUGGAGAUCUGCACUUGUCGGCUGUGUUUUUGGAUGAAUAUCAUGACAGGCUUUUCCUGGGAGGGAAGGAUGUUCUCUACUCACUCAGACUGGAUCACACACAUGAUGCUAAAGAGAUCCAUUGGCCUUCGUUGCCAGGGAAUCGUGAAGACUGUAUUCUCAAAGGGAAAGAUCCCAAGAUGGAGUGUGCAAAUUUUGUGCGUCUGCUGCAGCCAUUUAACCGCACUCAUCUACUUGCCUGUGGAACUGGUGCUUUCCAACCUGUGUGUGCGUAUGUCAACGUCGGACACCGUGGAGAGCAUGUGUUCAGCUUGGAUCAAACCACAGUGCAGAACGGGAGGGGGAGAUGCCCUCAUGACCCCAAACUACCCUUCGCAAGCACCUUUACAGGUGGAGAGCUGUAUACUGGUCUGACAGCUGAUUUUUUGGGGAGAGACUCUGUGAUUGUAAGAGGUUUAGGGACCCGCGCACCCAUGAGAACAGAGACAGAUCAGAGAAUACUCCACGAGCCCAGAUUUGUUGCGGCGCACCUCAUUCCUGACAGUGCAGACAGGGAUGAUGAUAAAAUGUAUUUCUUCUUCACUGAGAGAGCAGCAGAAACCGCAGAGCGAGAUGAUGAAGGAGCCAUACACACACGCAUCGGGCGAUUGUGUGCGAAUGAUGUUGGCGGGCAGAGGGUUUUGGUGAAUAAGUGGAGCACAUUUAUUAAAGCCCGACUGGUGUGUUCAGUUCCUGGACCUCACGGCAUCCAAACACACUUUCAUCAGCUGGAGGAUGUGUUUCUAUUAAGAACAAAAGAUGAAACCAAUCCAGAGAUCUACGCAAUAUUCAGCACAAUCAGUAAUGUGUUUCAGGGCUAUGCUGUGUGUGUAUACAGCAUGGCUGACAUCCGUGAAGCGUUUAAUGGGCCGUUUGCUCAUAAAGAAGGACCGGACUAUCAGUGGGGCCCUUAUGAAGGCCGAGUCCCGUAUCCUCGACCAGGAGUGUGUCCCAGUAAGAUCACCGCUCAACCGGGCCGUGCCUUCCGGAGCACACUGGAGUUUCCAGACACCGUUCUACAAUUUGCACGAACGCACCCUCUAAUGUGGCGCCCUGUUUACCCCUCACGUCGCCAACCACUGCUGCUCCGCACCGGUGCCUCCUAUAGACUCACACACAUCACUGUAGACCGAACACAGGCCGAGGAUGGAUACUACGAUGUCAUGUUCAUUGGCACUGAUAUUGGGACGGUGCUAAAGGUCAUCGUACUUGGAAACGGUAACUCUCUGGCCAGUGAGGAGAUUACACUGGAGGAAAUGCAGGUGUUCAAGGUGCCCACUCCUAUAACCUCCAUGGACAUAUCUGUGAAGAGGCAAACUCUGUUCGUUGGAUCACAGUCAGGUGUUGUCCAGGUGCCGCUGCACCGCUGCAGUUUGUACGGUAAAGCCUGUGCUGAGUGCUGUCUGGCUCGAGAUCCAUACUGCGCCUGGGACGGACACACCUGCACACGAUACCUGCCAAACACCAAACGCCGCUACCGCAGACAGGACAUCAAACAUGCAAACCCAGCAGUGCAGUGCAUGGACCAAAACCUCAGCAUGGAGGAUCUGACUGAAGAACGGGUUGUUUACGGCACAGAGAACAACAGCACCUUCCUGGAGUGCGUCCCUCGAUCGCCGCAGGCCACUGUCACAUGGCACAUUCAGAGAGAUGACUACUUAGAGGAGGUGGUGUUUGAUGAACGCAUCAUUAAAACAGAUGACGGUUUAUUAUUCCGCCGUGUGCUGCGGCAGGACGAAGGCAUCUACGUGUGUCGUUCUGGUGAACAUGGAUUUACGCAAACACUCUCCCGCUUUUGGUUGGACGUCUUAAAUGCAGACACCCUUUCAGACCUCCUAUCACGAGACAGCAAAUAUAAAGUGUGGUCACCAUGUCCCGCCAACUCCGCCACAGCCAAUCGUGGCCCAGCAAGGGCAUGGUUUAAAGACGUCGUGCAGCUGAUUGGUCCUUCAAACCUACCGCAGGUGGAGCAGUACUGUGAACGUGUUUGGUGCAACGAGAAGCUGAGGCGCAAACACAAAAGCAUGAUGGACAAAUAUCGGCAAGCGCAGGACUCAGCAAGGAGAGCAAGAGUCCAAAAGAGCACAGGAGAAUCUCGAAUCCGCUCUCCAAGGGACGUCCACACACUACAGUAAAACACAGUGUAGCAAAUGGACUUCUUUGGACAACUGGAUAGAUACUCUUACACACUUAAACACACUUGUUUUUGUUUGUGGUGAUGUAAAAUAUUGUAGGUUUGUGUUUAACAGUCCAUUUUUUUCCCCUGUGUUAAUUAGGACAUUCUUGAGCGCACUCUCCAAAUAUCUCCAUGACCAAGACAGCCGGCCGCAUCGCCUCACAGUAGACCAUAGCUAAUGUUAAAUGUCUCACUUAAAGACUCAGCAGCUGCAAAACCUUUUUACUGGAACAAAUGAGGGCAGACAGGAUGGGACUAGUAGAUUGGAGCGCCGCCACUGCUAAAACAGGUGCCAAAAAACAUGCAUUCAUUUAAGAUACAUCUGGCUGGGAUACAACUGGGCAUAAUGCACAGAGACUUUUCCUCAGCAGAGAACCGUGGCAGCGCUCAACAAAACUCAGCUUGCCAGUAUAUUAAGCUGUAACGGAUUAAAAGUUAAGACUAAUUAGACUGUUUUCUGCUAACUAAAUCAUAGCUUGACGACUGUUGAGACUUCAGCAGAAUGGAUUUUGCUCCUAAUUAGCUUGAAACACUACAAUGCCAUCAUUCGCUUUACAACUAUGUACAGAGUUUAUUUUAAUGUAAAGUUUUUGUAGCACUUUUUAGUAAGGUUCACUUCAGCAUUAGCCAACAUGAAAUAACAACCAAUAAUAAUUUUACAGAAUACAUCAAUGCAAAAGGUCUGGGAGUAAAAAAAAAAGUCAUUAAUUUUUUCCAUAAUGAAAUAUUUUAUUUACAUUAAUGGUUAUAAUAAUCUUUUAAAAGGCACCUAUGAUGUAAAUCAUCUUUUGGAAGCUGUUUGGACAGAACUGUGUGUAGGUGUAGUGUGUCCACAGUCAUAUUGGGCUGAUAUAAACAUAAUAAGUCUCUUUUUUUAAUUACCUGGUGUUAAAAAAGGAUCCAAAUCCCUCCCAUUUUGAGGCCGACCACAACGUGAUGUAGGAGUGUGGUUCCCCCCCCACCGAAUUGAUUGACUGCCGCAUAUUAACAUGUCUCCGUAGUACUGUGUAUAAUCAUAUCAACAAGACAGGAUGUGCACAAAGCAACUGGGAUUAAAAGAUCUGUUCAGCUCUCUGUGAUCAUCAACCAUAUUUAAAUGUGAUCAAGAAUGAGUUUUACUAGUUUAAAAUGUUUUUAAAACAGUGCAUUUGUAAUGAAUUACAGCGAUUUUACCGUCUUUAUCAUCACAGCUGCAUGUCAGUACAAUUAUAAAAGCAGACGCUUCAAAUGCGGUAAAUCAGGUUUAUUUUGUACGUCAACACUCACGCUGUGUGUGUGCGUGAACUUUGUAAUGACAUUGUAUGUGAGUCAUCGAAAGGCUUGAAUUAACUCCGCAACAAAUACAUCAAAUAAUCAUUGGUAAUUUUCUUACUAUAGUAUUUCUCAUGAACGUUACGUGAGAUCUGCUUCCUUCAUCUCUCCCUUGUCCUUCAGUCUCUACCAAUGAGCUGAUGAUAUGAAUCAGGUGGGUUUGGUUAAGGAGACAUGGAAAAUGUGCAGAGCUGGUGGUCCACCAGGAACGUGGUUGAGAAACACUAAACUACAUUUUUGAAUAUUUGUUUAAAGAAGUCCACAUGGGAAAAUGAAUGGGAAAAUUGCUUUCAGAACCAGAAAAGGUGGAGGUGCGUUGUAUUAUUUGCCUUUCUGCAAUAUUUACCUCUGAUUGGUCCAGACAAUGGUUGUUGUCAGUGUCAAUACUUCAACACCAACUCACAUCAGUCUCAGAAAUUUGACUAGCGUUGUCUUGCAUGUCAGUUAUUAAUUGAGUUUUAAAUGACCUAAGAUGAAUAACUGUAUUAUCAAUGUUAAUGUAACGUUGCUGUGUGUCUUUGCUGUUUUAUCCAGUACAGUACAGUACAGUAGUACACUAUUAUACAGGUUACAUUUAAACAUAAUUUAAUAUGUGCAUGUAUUUAUUUCUGAGAUGAAUAACUUUAUUUUUGACCCAGUGAUCGUCUAACUGUAUAUUUCUUCCAAACGGAAACAUAAUUAUUAUGUUUUUUCAUAUAUAAAAACUGAAUUUAUAGAAAACUAGACAGCUGAUCAGACUUCUCAUCAUUUAUAGCUGUUGGACAACUUCAGUAACUUGUUUCCUCUUUCAUAUCGUUACUUUAAACAUAUAAAAUCUCCUUCAUCACUUGAACCCUAUUUAUUUCUAGUUAGGUCUGGAAAAAAAGAACUGCUUUCCCUAAAACAUUCUGCAAAUCUUUCCUGAAGAUGGAGAGAAAGUGUUUGGCUUGCAAACAUUCUCCAAUGUCUUUUCAGAAGUUCAGGGAAAAAUCAUGAAACCGCUGGUAUAAAUCAAGCAAAAGAAACAAACAAACUCUGCUGAAUGCCCUGACAGGACUGACUGCGUAGAUUAGUUGCACUGAAACUGAUUUGUUUGUUUGUGUGUGUUUGUGCGUGUGCGUGCGUGCGAAUGCAAACAGCAGCACUGCUCUGAUCUUCAUCCGCCAUCAGCUUUUUACUACAUUAAAACAAUAACUUAAACUAGUGCCGUACUUCUAAUAACAUUCUCUCUGUAGAUAAAAAACACCACACAAAUGUGUCUAUUUAUGUUAUUUAAAAGUGAUUCUUGCAUGCAGAAAACUCCGACCUGUGUUUGGUUCAGUGAUACCUAAAUAAAAACAUCUCACAGAG